GUCCCGGUGGUCCUGGGAAGAAAGUGCUGAGCGGGAGAGCCCGACAGUAAACACCCAGUGACCCAGUGACUCUGCGCUUGUCCCAAGCCCUGUGACCGAGUUGGUAAGAGGUCGCCCCCCCCCCCCCCCCCCCCCCCCGGCCCCUGUGCCCAGGGCCCUUCGACCGCACCCAUGGCGGCUCCUAAGCCCAGGCCGUGGGACACUCGGGCAGCACGACGGGCGGCCCCUGCCCGGGAGGGUGCUAAGCAGCUACAGGUGCCUGAAAAGCCACCCAGGGCCAAGGCGACUUCAAGGGGACAGAAGCAGAGUCGCCAGUCCGGGUUCGGGUCCGUCCUACGCGGCCCCCAGGGUUCGGAGAGAGGACCCAGGGUUCCAAAUCCCGGCUGGGGCGCAGCAGAAGAGCGGCGGGGGAGCCACGGGGCCGACCCCGCCUCUGAUGGCGCCGCGCGCGGUCAAGGCCGGUGUUCCCACGCCAGCUCCACCGAGGCCGCGCCCGUCGUCGAUUCCUGAGCCGAGGCCAGCUCCACGAGCUCCCCGGGGUGCCUCGGCCACCUCCCGGACCGGAGGAGCGCGGGCCCGGCCCGCAGAGCUCCGGGAGAGGCUGGCGGGCGCUGGGAGAGGGACAGGGGCACUGGGUCCCAGGAGGCGGGCCCACCCCUGCCUGUCCCUUCGGCCCUCCCAGGUCAGCGAAGCCAAUGGACACCCAGGCUCGCGCGGCAGCGGCCGCGGCGAUUGGAUGACGGCGCAUGAAAGGGGCACCGCCUUCUUAUAGGGUUCCGCGGGCGGGGGUGCCGCCAAGCCCGGGUCGAUCGCACCGCGAGCCACCUUCUCGGCGCGCCGGCCGGGCCUCGCCAGCCCUGCGCCCGCCUGACGGCGCAUGGCCCCGGCGUCGCUCGGCAUGAACCCCGCUGGGCUCCAGACGUUCGGCGGGGGGCGCGCGGGGCCCGGCCCGCUGCCCUUCAGCGUCGAGUCGCUGCUGGAGGCGGAGCGUGGGCUGGACGCGGGGCCCACCGAGCCCCGGGAGGAGAGGCCACGGGGCACCGCGGAGCCCUGGGCCUGGUUCCCGCCGGCCGCCCGCUCGUCCUCCCCACGCGCCCCCAGCCCUCCGCCCUGCGCCCUCCGAAAGCACAGGACCAACCGCAAGCCGCGGACGCCCUUCACCACCGCGCAGCUGCUGGCGCUGGAGCGCAAGUUCCGCCAGAAGCAGUACCUGUCGGUGGCCGAGCGCGCCGAGUUCUCCAGCAGCCUGAGCCUCAGCGAGACGCAGGUCAAGAUCUGGUUCCAGAACCGCCGCGCCAAGGCCAAGCGGCUGCAGGAGGCCGAGCUGGAGAAGCUGAAGCUGGCGGCCAAGCCGCUGCUGCCCUCCUUCGCCCUGGGCGCGCCCCUGCCCGGCCCCCCGGCCGCGUACGCGGGCGCAGCGGGCUCCCCGCCGCAGGCGCCAGGACUCGUCGCCGCGCCCGUCGCUGCCUACCGCAUGUAUUACCUGUCCUAGGGCAACGGGGGGCUGCGACGUGGGUCCCAGCGCCAGCGCGCCGGCCGCGUCCGUCCGGGCGCGGAACUCGGCCCUGGGUGGCCUUCCGGUGCCUUUGUGUCUCAUUUUUCCGUUUUUGUGUUUCCGCCGUCGUCGAUACACGUGAUGACCGAUGCCUCGAGCGCACUCGUGGGCACCUUACGCACAUUUUAAAACGGGGGUGAAAAACCCCGUGCCUCCCACACUUCCGUGAAAAGCGGUGAAUGGUUUCGUGCGGCGCCCUCGGAGCUUCCCGUUUUGUGCAAACCGUGAGGCGUCGUGGGGUUUACUCCGUGGCGCGCUCCUGCGCCCCUAACCCGGCCAGCAGGGCGCUCAGAACUGGCUACGAGACUGAGGCCCGAACCGCGGGGGAGACAGUUUGGAGCCAGGGCCUUCAGGUGAAACUCCCCAGCUACGUCCCCGGAUGAGGUCUGGUGCCGUCCCGACCACAUGGAAACCCGCACGCCCACUUUAGGGACCCCCCACACUUACGGUUUUCGUAGGGCGCGCCCAGCAGCCUGCAGUGAACUACUGUCUGGGGGCGUGCGUGGGGUCCACGUGUGGGGGUGGGUGCGCGCGAGGGCGCUCGGCCGGAGUGGGGGAGCCCGCGGGGCGCGUCUGAGGAGGCGGGAUGAGAGGGACCCGCGCGGCCCAGCCUGCUGCUUUCCCACCAGCAGGGUUAACUCGGGAAUCGGGCGCCGAGUGAACGCAAGAGGACGGUCCCCCGUUUGGACGGACUGCGCGGCGUCCCCAACACUCCGCUUCGCCUGGUGGUGGCGCGAAAACCCACAGGGCCCGCUUUCCGCUCGCUGCGGCGGGGCGGGGGGGGGGGAGGGGGGGGGCCGCGGGGGCAGCCCCCCGCCCGCCCCCCCCAACCCGCCCUGCAGCCCGUGGGGCCCAGACCGCGGGCGGGGCUCCAAGCCCUGCCCCCUGCGAAGGCUGCCCUGGAAACAGCGCAGGAACCUGCCCAAAGUCCCUUUACCUGAACCUGCCUGUCAGUAGCCAUCAUCCUCCCUAGGUUUCUGGGAAAACGAGAACUCACGAUGGAUUGAAAACAAAAAAAAUUUUUUUUUACAUUUAUUUAUUUUUGAAAGACACAGAGACAGAGUGUGAGUGGGGGAGGGGCAGACACACACACACACACACAC